CUCUGGCACCAUUUUAGUUCAUUGAUAUACAUACUGUUUUUCAGUCUACGUUUUAAUUGUAAUUUUUCGGUAAGGAUUGUUAUGAUAAAAAUGGAAACCCCAAGCGAGUUUGCUGAGAAGCAGCCUCCUACCCACGACCACCAGCCGCGUCUGAACGAGGUGGCCCAAAAGUUUCUGGCCGAUUUGGACGAGGAGCGCCAGCGAUUGUCCGCGGACUUUCCACUUUGCGCACUGCUAAUCGACGAGGCUGUGGACCGCGUCUACUGCACUGGUCGUAUUCCCGGCAAGGAGUUCUACGCAGACGUGUACAAGCAGAAGCCGAUGAAGAUUACACAAAAGGUAUUCGUGCCCGUAAAGCAGUAUCCCAAGUUCAACUUCACUGGCAAGAUCCUGGGGCCCAAGGGCAACUCGCUGCGUCGCCUUCAGGAGGAGACCCAGUGCAAGAUUGCCAUUAAGGGUCGCAGUUCGAUCCGCGAUCGUAACAAAGAGGAGCAGCUGCGCAGCACAGGCGAUCCGAGAUAUGCCCAUCUUCAGAAGGAUCUAUUCCUGGAGGUCAGCACGGUGGCCACUCCGGCGGAGUGCUAUGCCCGCAUAGCUUACGCCCUGGCCGAGAUCCGUAAGUAUCUUAUUCCAGACAAGAACGACGAGGUUUCGCACGAGCAGCUGCGCGAGCUGAUGGAAAUGGAUCCCGAGUCGGCCAAAAACAUUCACGGACCCAAUCUGGAGGCUUACAGAUCUGUCUUCGACAAGAAAUUUGGAGGCAACAGCAAUGGGGCUCCCAAGUAUAUCAACCUGAUUAAGCGAGCUGCGGAAAAUCCGCCCGAAGUCGACGAUGUGGAGGAGGUGGCCUAUGAGUAUGAACAUCGUAUGCCCCCCAAGCGUCCUCCUACUGGCUAUGAGUACAGCAAACCACGUCCAUCAAUAAUACCGACAAACGCUGCGGCAUAUAAACGUCCAUAUCCGACUGACAUGAAACGUAUGCGCGAACCGCCCAUCAAGUCCUAUAAGCCCAAUCCGUAUACAAUACUUAAAAAAUAUAAAUAAUAGAGCUCCGGUUGAUUUCGUCGCACACCGCUAUAAAUGAAAACAAAGGACAAUGCUUAAAAUCCAUGCUGGGAGCACAUUGAAAAUACUUUAAUCAAGAAGAAAGCAGCAUUCAAAAUGAUGCUAUCAAUGAAUAAACAUUAACAUUUAUAAAACGCGCACUUGCGCUAUCAAUUUCCACAAACAAUAUUAACCUUAAAUUUUUAUUCCCAUAAAUAUGUUAAACUGUUGGCAUGCCUUUUCUGGACCAUUUCAACAGAUAAUAAGUCAAAUAAUUCCUAUUAUGUUUAAAUUAUGAUUUCCUGAGUUCGUAAUUUCUUAUGAAUUAAAAAAAUGUAAUAAAAGGAUACGCAUUGAAUGAAUUUAAUAAAUUCUCAGCAAUCAGAUCUAACUAUGCCCGAUUCUUUUAAAUGACUCGACCCCCUCAUUUAUAAUGAAUAUGCAUUACGUAAUUAAACAAUUGUCUCACUAGCAGUAGAAUCAAGAGUUAUAUAUCUAAUAAAAUAAAACGGUACGAACUUAUCACAUUGUUUAAUCAAAAAAAAAAAAA